UGGCCUUGGAGAAAAGCGAGUUCUUCUUGUCGGAGAUCUCAUUUUUGGGGUACAUCGUCACGAUUGACGGACUGAAGCUGGAUCCGAGAAAGGUGGCAGCGGUUCAAGAAGCCCCGGCGCCAGCGACACUCACCCAGGUUCGAGCCUUUCUGGGGUUGGCCUCGUACUAUCGACGCUUUAUCAAGGGAUUCGCCGGUUUGGCGAAGCCCCUAACGAACCUGUUGAAGAAAGAAGAGCAGCUGAUCUGGUCGCUAGAAUGUGAAGCGGCUUUUCAGGCGUUGAAGGAGGCUCUGACAUCUGCGCCUGUGCUGGCGUGUCCCGAUCCGACCCGGCCGUUCGCCUUACACACCGAUUGGCAACCGCAGGCGAUGUCGGCAGUGCUGACUCAGCGGACGGAAGGGAACACGUCAUCGAAUCAUCAGCCGCUGUUGUCACUACGCAACAACACGGAUUACACGGGGACGCUGGGGAGGUGGGCGGUGCGACUGCAGGACUACGAUUUCAAUAUUCGUCACCGUGCCACGCGGCAGCACGGCAAYGUCGACGGUUUGACGCGCCUUCUGCCGCCCAACAAGUGUCCCGCCAACGAGCGACUCAUUCCGUGGAAGCCGGAAGCCGCUCUGACGGAGCCGCGAUACGGGGAGCUACACGUGUUGAACAAAGGCGAGGCCUAAAGUCUCGAAUGGAGACUUCGGGGAUGGCGGACGCUCUCUCUCUGCCCUCGUCCAAUUCCCUUGCUGUCUUGUCUACCCCCAGUUCUCCUUCAGAAUCU